AUGUUUGUAUUUCCUCCCCCCGUCAAAAGCAGCACCGCAGAAGCAAUGACUAAAGCGUACACCAUCGUUCUCAAGCUCGGUAGCUCGUCGCUCGUGGACGAGAGCACGAAGGAGCCCAAGCUGUCCACCAUGACGCUGAUCGUCGAGACUGUGACGAACCUCAAGCGUAUGGGCCACAAAGUGAUCAUCGUGUCCAGUGGCGGCAUCGCGGUCGGCCUGGACGCGCUCAACAUCCCGCACAAGCCCAAGCAGCUUUCCGAAGUGCAGGCGAUCGCCGCCGUCGGCCAAGGCCGCCUCAUCGCGCGCUGGAACAUGCUGUUUUCGCAGUACGGCGAGGAAACCGCGCAGAUCCUGCUCACUCGCAACGACAUCCUGCGCUGGAACCAGUACAACAACGCGCGCAACACCAUCAACGAGCUGCUGACAAUGGGCGUCAUCCCCAUUGUCAACGAGAACGACACGCUGUCCAUCAGCGAGAUCGAGUUCGGCGAUAACGACACGCUCUCCGCCAUCACCGCCGCCCUCGUGGGUGCGGACUUUUUGUUCCUGCUCACAGACGUGGACUGCUUGUACACGGACAACCCGCGAACUAACCCGCACGCGCGUCCCAUAGUGCUGGUGCCCGAGUUGUCCGAGGGCCUACCCGGCGUCAACACCUCCUCGGGCUCCGGCUCCGAGAUCGGCACAGGCGGCAUGCGCACCAAGCUCAUAGCCGCCGACCUCGCCUCCAACGCCGGCAUCGAGACCAUCGUGAUGAAGAGCGACCGCCCGGAGUACGUCCUGGCCAUCGUCGACUACAUUCAGCAUCACUUCCGUCCGCCGCGCUGCGCGGGUAACGGCUCGCAGCAGCAGUUCCGCGACCUGCAGGACGCGGAACUUGCAGCGCUGCGUCGCCACGGCGUUCCCCUGCACACCAAGUUCCUGGCUAACGACACCAACCACAAACUCAAGAACAGGGAGUUCUGGAUUCUGCACGGGCUCAUCACCAAGGGCGCCAUCGUCAUCGACCAGAACAGCUACGACCGGCUUCUGUGCAAGGACAAGACUAGCUUGGCCCCGGCCGCGGUCAUUGCCGUGCGCGACAACUUCCACGAGCUGGAGUGUGUCGACCUCGAGAUCGGCAGGCGGCUGCCCAACGGCGACCUGGAUGUCUCGCACCCGGUCCAGUCCGUCGGCAGGGUCCGCUCCAACUACACGAGCCUGGAGCUCGCCAAGAUUAAGGGCCUGCCCGGCGAGAAGAUCCACGACGUUCUGGGCUACAGCGUCAGCGAGUACGUUGCCCACAGGGAAAACAUCGCCUUCCCGCCGCAGUUUUGA